CUCACCUCCGCGAUAAAUCAACUGCAGGUCGCGCAAUCCUCAAUAACCAAAACCAUGUUGCGAAUAUAGCCUUCCUAGCUGGGAUAAGGCGGUUACUCAUCAUGGACCAUAUACCAAUCGCCAAAAUUGAACCUCAGCUAUCGGAUCUAUACUCGAAGUCUUUCAAAGCUGUUGUAACCCUACUCUGGCCGUAUUCAUCGUCCACGCGACAAUGCGCUUUACUACUCGCCGAACCUGAUUUUCGCCUCCGCCGGAAGAAAGGACAAGUCAGAGUUCGAUUCUCCAGCUCCAGUGCCAAAGCUAUUGCACAGACAGGGAUUGGUAUUGGAGAUGAGGUUAUACUUGAGCUACGGGGAGCGCAAUUCGUGCAAGAGGAUACAGAUGCCGUACGCACUCCAGGAAGGAGUAUAGAUUGGGAAUUAUCGUACUCGCAGACGCUGGUCGUACAGAUAUCCCGCAAUGGGACCCAGAUUGCCACAUUGGAUAUUAUCGAUGCUGCGCCAACGCCAGCUGUAACGUCACCUAUACGCAAGCCGAUAACCUCGACUCCAUAUAAGAGCCCAGCUCCGCAAAGUAUUGACGAUCACAAGUGGACCUCUCCCGCAUUCCUAAAGCGAUCAAGGCUGUCCAACGGCGCGCACUUCGAAUCCGAGUAUGACCCGCUUGUAGAUGAUGCAGAGAACGGGGGUGACAAGAAAAGGAGGAGAAAAUCCUACAGGGACUGGAAUGUCUGGACAUACUCCGCUAGAACACCAUCUCCAGAGAAGGAGGAAUGCGAGGCCGAGAAUGUUGACGGCAUUGAAACUUCGCCGGUUCCUGUUUCUUCGCUUUCUUCAACGAAGCAGCCCGUUCUGGCAACAUCGGCACCACCGAUUGAUAUGAACGGAACAGUUCGAACUCCAGAGAGUCUCAAAACAGAGAAUACGUCAAAACCCGAAGAUUCGAGAAAGCAUAAUUUACCCACAGAUAAUAACAAUUACGACCUCUAUGCGGAUCCAGACGAAGCCAAUCCUUCUGAUGUAGAAUAUGCAUACGGUGGCGACACUGCGGAAAAUACGGAGGCAAAUACCGACGAAGAGCUUGACGAUGCCUCAAAUACACGAGAUCAGAAUAUUGACAACGGUCACCCAGAAGUACCAAAUUAUGAGGUUUCAGUUGUGGUUGCAGUGGCUGAUGGAAACGAGAAAAGAGAUGACGGAAACAGUCAUGAACAACCAUCGAUACACGAAGAGCUUGUUGUCAUCGAGGACGAAUCAGAAGACCAGGGACACAUAUCUCAGGACCGUCCUGCCUACGAAGGGGCUGAAGAUGCACCGCCGUCUGCGAGCAGCCUUACGCCAUACGUUGUCAUGCCUCCACCUACACUGCCGACACUCCAGACGGACUUUUCCCCUAUACCAACACCUGGCUUAUUGACACCAAUUGGCAAGGAGCCCUCAAGUCCUGUUAUUAGGCCACUUGACUCCGCUACCUUGCCCAUGCCCUCGCCGUUCCCUGGUGAACAGGACGCAACGACCUCAUCAUAUCUUGAUUACACGGCUGACGUGCUUGAGGAUGUCACGGGAGUUCAACUGGUAGAAGAGGAACCUUUGAAUAAAGCUGUCCACGACGCAGAGUCAAGCUUCUACAGCUCGACAAGAUCUGUGAAUGUGCCUACGCCACAUCGCACACACGAAUCGGCAUUUACAGAUAUCAGGUUCACAUUUGGUCUAGAUGGUACAAUGUUGUCACGUCAGAAAGAAGGCAAAGAAGAGCAGGACCCGAUUGGAGCCGAUUUUGAUCACGCACAGGAUAUCCAUGAUGACGGAAAGCCAGAACUUGUUUCCGAUACAGGCCUUGAUAUUCCGAAUACAUCUACAGUCGAUGUUCCAAGUCAGGUGGACCCUCCCAGCUCAAGCCAGAUCCAGGAGAAUGAGUCAAUUGUCAUUCCUGAGACAAUGCCUACCGAAUCUCAAUUGGAGGCAUCUCCUGCACUUGAAGACGAGACCCCGCAUGCAUCAGUUCAGCAGUCCGACCCUGAAGUAGAGGUCAUCGCACUGACAUCUGAUUCGGAAUCGGAUCGCGAGUCAAUUGCAGACGACGCCGAAAGUCUUGCAGCGGGUGAUGAAGAACAUCAAAUCUCGGCAGUGGAUUGGGCUCAAGUACAGGACAAUCAGCAAUCAAUGUCCAUGUCUGAUUUGAUCGACUUGGACAGCGAUUCUGAGCAGGAGAUCGAGGAGGAGAAGGGAGUUGUAGGAGAAAUGGAUGUUCACACGGAAGACAGUCAGGAACGCGACGAGUCUGCAUCCGACGUAUCGCGCGAUGAAUCCGGCAUGGCAUCUCCGGUCAACUUGGAUUCACAAGAUUCAGGUGCUCAAGUCCAAAGUUUCGAAGAAGAUCGGGAAAUCGAUGAUUCUACCGAAUCCGCAAAGCCACCGCACGGUGUUGAAAACGCAUCAUUGUCGGAUCAUGAUGGUUAUGAGCACCAUGCGCACUUGAAUGCGCAAGCUGACCCCAGUGCAAGCCUAGAUACCGCCCCUUCUUUUGAAAAUGCUCAAGUGCCUGAAGAUGAUCGUCUGUCUGAAAUAUCAGCUGUAGACAUAGACGAGAUAAUACAGAACCGAGCUUACGCGCAGCCAGAAUCGCGCGACGCCAGACCGACAUCGCCAGAACACCAUCCAGAUAUCAAGAUAGAGUCUAUCGAGGAUGACAGUUCGUUCGAGUUGCAUGAACAGAAGGAUUCUCAGCCCCAGAAGCAUGAAGAUGGUUCUAACACAAGCCCGAAAGAUGAUCUUGUGAUAGAGGUGCCCGGCCAUAAAAUGGGGGAGAUGGUAGAAAAGACGGUCUCUGCCGCUGGACCUGCCCGGAGCACUCGAUCAAAGACCAAAUCAUCAAUAUCACCCCCGAGAGAGAGCUUGACGCCCUCGCAACCUAAGAAAGUCCAUAAGCGGUCGAAGGGGUCCCUUGGCUCGAUUACCGAUGUGGUUCUUUCCCCAACUAACAUGCGGUUGCGGUCCACGAUCACCCCAGACACUGCUCCGCCAGAGUCGCCGUACUACCUACGAUCACAAUCUAAGAGAUUGACCUCAACACCAGUUGCCAUCGAGUCGACGACUAGAAGGACUCCUGGGACUGCUUCCAAGUCGCUCGCGUCGCCUCUGCAGGAUUCGUUUGGUGCGGCGCAGAGGCCGCUUGCCAACACUUCAAUGACCCCCGAAGUUCCCUUCUCAUCUCAAGACUGGAGGAGUUCGCAACGAAGUUUUGCAGAUGUCACUGUUGUAGGGGACUCCGAUGUAGAAAGUGUUCAUUCUGAGGGCUCUUUGUCGACCAACACUCCGUCCAAUAAGCGUGAAAGUCUAGCCUCAAACAACGAAGCUGCAGCCGUGGAAGCUUCGGGAGAGUUACUCAAUUUUGGAAGUAGCCAGUCGAUGGGCCAAGGGGUGACACCUAAAAAAGGAAAAAAGAAGCCAAACUACCUGGACUUAAGUGAAGUUGGCACACCCACGAGAAACGCGAUAUUGGGGGCAUCCGAAGAUGCUGUCUCAGAAGUUUCCCUAGAGUCGCCGAUGAAAACACCAAUUCGACGUUCACCAAGACUACAACGUUCGAGGCGGGACAUUUACGACAUUCCCGAUACACCUAGGCAGGAUCACGAGGCAACAGGCUCUGCAAACGGAAAAUUACCGCAGAUAUCUCACGAUUCCUUCCCCGGGCCUCACCUUCAACAAACGGAGAAUCACCUCGAGCAGGCCAAGCACCUCACUCCGAAGCUCACGCGUAUCACAUCCACCAAUCUCCACACCCAAGACCCAUCUGAGGACAUAGAAAUGGAAGAACCAACCUCUCCCACCAAGUCCACACCCCGCCGCAACAAUAACAACAACAACAUCACCACAACACUCACCUCCCCCGCCUCACCAACCCGCACCCCCAGCGUCCGCUCCGAAGACCUCUCCGACCUCGAAGACACAACCACCACCACCACCUUCGCCGCCGCCGCCGCUCUCACCACCCCAACCUCCCCGCCAUCAAUCGGCCUCUCCACCCCAAUAUCCUACUACACACCCCUCAAAGACCUCCCCUACUUCCUCAACCGCUCCUCCCAAACCACCACAAACCCGGACAUCCUCGCCCUCGUCACCACCCCCACAACCCCUCCCAAGCGCGCCGAAAAAGGCCCAAAACACUUCUCAACAACCCUCCACAUAACCGACCUCUCCAUCUUCUCCUCCCACCCUCCAUCCGCCUCCCAACAAUCCCAAUCGCAGCUCCCAACCGCGGCGGAGAGGACAGUGCAAGUGUUCCGGCCCAACGCCGCGGCGCUUCCCGUCGCAGGGAAGGGCGACGUCGUGCUGCUGCGCGGCUUUGCGGUCAGGUCGGCGCACAGGCGGCCGUAUCUGUUGUCGACCGAGGAGUCCGCAUGGUGUGUGUGGCGGUUUGAUGGGCCUCCUCCCGCGCUUGCUUCCAAUCUCAUUCCAAGUUCCACGCCUAAGGGAAAGGAGAAGGAAACAAGCAAAACGGUAUGGGGAUCCUCAAGGAAAGCGAGGGAAGCUGCCGCCGCUGCUGCCGCCGCCGCCGCCGCGAGAGGGGACGAAGGAGCGGAGGCGUUGAAGGCGAGGGAGGAGGUCAGAGGGCCGGAGGUGGAGAGGGGGAUUGGAGAGCGGAAGGAGGUGGAGAGAUUGAGGGGGUGGUGGGGGGAUGUUGUUGAGGGGUGUUUGGCUGAGGGGGUGGGAAAGGGGGAGGGGAGGUGGUUGAGGAGUAUGGGAAGGGAUGGGGAGAAGGGUGGUGAGGGUGAGGAGGAGUAG